AUGGUUACCAAGCAGCCACUGGCGAGGACUGAAAGCAAUGAAAAGGGCAGGCCCGUAACGGGAAAGAAAGCCUCGAAGGAAGGUGCUGUAUCAAAAUCAUCCAAAUCUGCCCACAAGUCAAGGGAAAAAAGCGCAAUUCUUGCAAAAGCCAGGGAACUGUACUCCCAACAGUUUCCUACCGCUUUUCCUAUGGAAUAUGAGCUUUGGGGUAAAGAUUUGUCGAGGGAUUGUUGGAGGAGGUGUACCGUAGUUCACGCCAGGCCAUGCGACCCUUCCGCCAAUAUAAAUGAAAUAUCACAGGUGGAAUAUGAUUACUACAUCCACUGGUCUGGGUUGGAUCGUAGGUUGGACUGCUGGUUGGCUAUGGAACACAUACGCACACUUGAUGAAGGUCCGCCAGCAAACGAAUCAGCGAUACAUGACACCGAACCAGAGUUUCAUCAUGAUCAUGCCGGUAUCGAUGAGGAAUAUCUUAGAGAGCAUGAAAUGAAUACGAAGUUAAAGACUAUUAAUAGGAUCAAGCUUGGACCGUUUAUGGUUGACACCUGGUAUUUCUCGCCAUAUCCGGCACCUUAUCAGAAUAUUGACAUUUUGUACAUUUGCGAAUUUUGCUUGUCAUUUUUCAAGCACGAGGAUGAACUUAAUUGGCACAUGUCCCAAUGCGAAUUGCAUCAUCCACCGGGUAAUGAAAUUUACAGGGACGAAAACCUAGCUAUGUUUGAGGUUGACGGAGCAAUGAGCACGGUAUACUGUGAAAAUUUGUGUUAUUUGUCUAAAUUGUUUCUUGACCACAAGAGUUUGAGGCAUACUGUUGUUUUGUUUAUAUUUUAUGUCAUGACUGAAUAUGAUGAUAACGGUUAUCACAUUACUGGCUAUUUUUCCAAGGAAAAACAUUCUAAAAAUAAUGUGUCCUGCCUUUUAUCCCUUCCUCAACAUCAGCGAAAGGGUUAUGGAAAAUAUUUGACGGCUUUCAGCUACUUGCUAUCUAAAAAGGAAGGGAAAACAGGUACACCUGAACGUCCAUUGUCGGAUUUGGGUAAGGCUUCAUACAUGUCCUAUUGGUCGGAAGUUUUGCUUGAGAUUUUAUUUGAUCCUAAAUAUGAGGGCGUAUCUAUACAGACACUAUCGCAAAUGACUGCAUUUGAACCAGCCGAUAUUAUAUCAUGCCUAGAAGAGUUGGGUCUUUUGCAUACACUAUCUAAUGGUACAUCGGUGAUUACAAUAUUGCCGGAGAAGAAGAGGGAAUUGCUAUCUAAAUCGCGAACAAAGACUAGAAAGUUGUAUAUGGAAAAGCUUCAUUGGAUUCCAUAUGAUGCACACAAUGAACUCACUCCAGUAUGA